AUGGUACCGAGAUUAAAUGGCGACCAUGAAGCACAUGCUCACACACGAGAUUGUUUCCCUUCUUCCAUUGAAAAUACAUACAUAUACGCACACGCACAUCUAUCUAUCUAUCUAUCUAUCUAUCUAUCUAUCAUAGAUAUAUAUAUAUAUCUUCUAUCUAUCUAUCUAUCUAUCUAUCUAUCUAUCGAUAUAUAUAUAUAUAUCCUAUCACAAAUAUUGAAUUCGCUCGUCCGUUUGGGUCCCACCUCUUUCCCAGUUGAACUUGGUCCUUGCUUGCAAACCAUCCCGCCCCCCACAAAUUCUUGCAUCUGGCACGCAGCCAUUUGCAUGCAAAUGGUUUCCAUGAACCAAACCACUGACACUAUCGCCCUCUCGCGGGGACUUCUUUCCCUUAUCUUUUUUUCCCCGUUCUCAUAUUUUUUUUUCUCUUUGCCUUCCUUUCUUUCUUUUCUUUUUCUGUACAUUUCUUUCACCUUUCCUUCUUUUUCUUCCCUUUUUAUCUUUCCUAAUUUUCCUUUCCUUUUCCCUGCUUUUUUUUGCCUUUUCUUUCUUUUAAUUUCUUUAUUUGUUCAAAAUUAUUCUAAAUAUCUAAUCUCUUUCUUUCUUCCCUUUUUCUUUCUUUCUUUCUUUCUUUCUUCAUUUCUUUCUCUCUUCUCUUCCAGGUUCAUUUCUCUUUCUCUUCGUUUCUUUCUUUCUUUUCAUUCUCAUCGCUCUCUUUCUUUUCUUUUUCAUUUAUAUUUCUUUCUCUUCGUCGCUCUAUUUAAUUUUAUUUUUUUCUUUCUUUCAUUUCUCAUCGUCUCUUCUUUUCUUUUCUUUCUUCGUUUCUUUCUCUCUCUUCGUCUCUCGCUUUCUUUCUCUUCGUUUCUUUCUUUCUUUCAUUCUCAUCGUCUCUUGCUUUCUUUCUUUCUUCGUUUCUUUCUCUCUCUUCGUCUCUCGCUUUCUUUCUCUUCGUUUCUUUCUUUCUUUCAUUCUCAUCGUCUCUUGCUUUCUUUCUUUCUUCGUUUCUUUCUCUCUCUUCGUCUCUCGCUUUCUUUCUCUUCGUUUCUUUCUUUCUUAAUUUCUCAUCGUCAAUCUUUCUUUCUUUCUUCAUUUCUUUCUUUCUCUUCGUCUCUCCUUUCUUUCUCUUCGUUUUCUUUCUCCAUCAAAACAAAUGGAAUCUUUCUUUCUCUUCGUUUCUUUCUUUUCUUUCAUUCUCAUCGUCUUUGCUUUCUCUCUUUCUUCAUUUUCUUUCUCUCUCUCUUCGUCUCUCCUUUUUCUUUCUCUUCGUUUCUUUCUUUCUUUCAUUUCAUCGUCUCUUGCUUUCUUUCUUUCCGAUUUCUUUCAUCUUCGUCCAUUUUUUUUUUCUCUUCAUUUCUUUCUUUUCUUUCAUUCUCAUCGUCUCUUCUUUCUUUCUUUCUUCAUUUCUUUCUCUCUCUCUUUUCUUUCUCUUCUUUUCUUUCUUUUUUUCAUUCUCAUCGUCUUUUGCUUUCUUUUCUUUCUUUCGUUUUUUCUCUCUCUUCGUCUCUCGCUUUCUUUCUCUUCGUUUCUUUCUUUCUUUCAUUCUCAUCGUCUCUUGCUUUCUUUCUUUCUUCGUUUCUUUGUGCUCGCCACUUUCUUUCUUUCUCCUCAUUUCUUUCUUCCUUUCUUUCUUUUCGUCUCUUUCUUUCUUUUUCUUCGUCACUUGCGCUCUUUCUCUUCCUUCUUUCCUGUUCUUCUUUCUUUCUUUCUUUUUUCUUUCUUUCUUUCUUUUCGUAUAUGAGAUUUUUCUUUUUCUCCCUCAUUUUAUUUUGCAAUUCUAUUCGCCUUCUCAGCUUUCUUUUAUCUCUCACUGUUUCUAAAUUCAUCUUUUUACCAACUAGUUCUUCGAUCUCUUCCGUCUUUGUCUCCGUAAAUCUGCUAGUCACUUCAAUAUCUAUCUAUCUAUCUAUCUAUCUAUAUCUAUCUAUCUAUCUAUCUAUCUAUCUAUCUAUCUUUUCUUUCUUUCUUAAUCUAUCUCUUUGUUUAAUUUCUGUCUUUUAUUUUAUCUAUUUUCUCUCUCUCUCUAUCUAUUUAUCUAUCUAUCUCAAGUAUACCACCAGGCCAGAGUAUAUCAUCAGCCGAGAUUAUAACAUCAGCCGUGAGUAUACCAUCACCCGGGAGUAUACCACCAACCCAGAGUAUACCACCAACCCAGAGUAUACCAUUAUCCAGAGUAUACCACCAGCCCAGAGUAUACCAUUAUCCCAGAGUAUACCACCAGCCCAGAAUAAACCGUUAGCCCAGAGUAUACCACCAGCCUAG